UACAAACUUUUGUAAAUUAAAUUUUAUCCAACCGUUUUGUUUAUUUGUUAAAUGUUUUGCAUAGCGUCUGUCAUUUAAUAGCGUUGUCUGUGUCCUAGCUGGAGCCAAAUGAGUCGACGUGUCCUGAAGCGAAAUUGCAUCUAAUCUAUUUAUAAAGGAUAGGUUAUGUGCUACGUUUGCAACUGUUUUUCUUGGACUCUAGAUAUAUUGCAAAGGGGUCUCACGUUAAUUCUCUCAUGCUGGCUCGUGACCGCAGUCUGCUGUGGGCUCUUUAUUGCUACGAUGGCCGGCAUAGCCUACGGAUAUAAUUACAGCCUGGCAGAAUUUAUUACUUUCACAAGACCCGAUGUGAAGGUCUACAUGAGAAGAGGGCAGUUUUACGAUAGACCUGACUUUACACACCCAAAGAGGAGAGUUGGUGACGCUGAUGAUAUAUUUCCUUUCAACCUUUCGGAUUACCAACAAGAGGUCCCAUUAGGAGAUGAUUCGCUUUCUGAAAAAUUGAUAAAGGAUAUGGAUACAAAGAAAUAUGCAGAAAAGCUCACAAAAUACUCGCAAGAAAAACCUGUUACUGAUUUUAUCCAUGACACCGAAUCACCUAAGACAACAACGUACAAAUCACCAGCACCCUCAAGAAUAUCAAUAAUACCGUUUCAUUUAAUAUCAACAACUGUAAUGUACAGUGGUUCUUCGGAAAUCAUAAUGAGAAAAUUCGAUCCUCCUCCAAAUACUAUAUCAGAUGUAAAUAAUGAUGUUGUCCGCAAUGACGACUACGGUGUAGAAAGGGCAGAAGAUGAGUUUUUUUCAAACACAAUAGAAGAGGAAGAUAUUAAGAGAGAAAGUCAAACACCAGAUAUCAGAAUACGAGUGGAAGACAGUCCGAUAAGGCAUUCCCUAAUAAUGCGACAUUGGGAAACAACAGAGGCUCCGACAGUGAGUGAUGCUUCUGAUGUGGAUGAAGAAGCUGUAGUUUACAGAGCGGAGUAAAAUAAGAAAAUAAAAGGAUGUCAAAGUUAA